AUGGCGACUUUCUGGAAAAACCCUCAGUUUCGGGUGAGGAUCGAGGAGCUUAGUGAGGACUGUACUCAUGAGGAGGGUGCUGAAAACAUACUGGUGUCGCUCAUGCAGAACCAUGAGAAGAGAACCAGAAGUAGCCAAAAGAACUUCAUGAUUGGUUUCUAUGUUUUUAUGGUGAGAGGUGAGAGCGGGAAGUUCUCAGCUGAGUUCUUUAAUGACAAAACACCUGUGGAAAUGAAGUCUUUCCAAAACUUGAGAGAGGUGAUGGGAUUCUUCUGGCUGGAGCCAGGAGAGUACCUGAUUGUACCGUGCACAGAGAAUCCUGGUCAAACUGCCUCCUUCGUUCUGUCUAUUUUCUCAAAGCAUGAGACACACUUUGAAUAUAUUGAAGAGGCUGAGGAGAAUGAAGACAAUUCCUGAUGUUAGCGAAGCCUGUCACUCAAAAUGGCUACUUGGAGAAAUAAGCCAACUUAUACCUAAUCACGUUUUCUUUGUUCUUUCAUGCUCAGUUCAGAAUGGCUAUUUAGCUUUAUUUUAUUACUCUUUUUUUCCUCCAAAGAAAUCAAUUUGUGACCACUGUUGACACCUGUUAAACUAAAACUAA